AUGUUAACAAUCCAUAUUUUCAUUCUUACUCAUCUAAAAAUGUCAUUUCACAAAGAGAAGACAAUGUUUCAAAUACUUUAUCAAAUGCUUUAUCACUUAGAAGUUCAAAUGCUUCAUCUUCUAAAAGCUCAAAUGCUUUGUCUCCUAGAAGCCAAUCACCAGAAGAUUACUAUGAUUAA